GGCUGCCUUUGGCUUUGGUACAAGAAGAAGAAGCCUCAACAAGAAAUGCCCACCAACUCUCUACAUAGUCUUAAACUUUAGAGCCACCGGAAAACACCAAAACAAAACAUAAACAUAAACACUUGAUAUUUGGGAAUACUUUAAAAGAAAGAAAAUCAAAUGAUUCUCCCAGCCAACCACAAGGCACCAACAACGACAUCAAUUUCUUCUCCUUGUUCUGCUUCCCUUCUUUCCUUUCGCCAGUGAAAGACAAAGACCCUUUUUCUAUGGGAACCUCAACCAGAACCUCAAGCUCAGACGCUUUGACCACCACUCUCUCCAACUCAAUCCAAGCUCUGGGUCGUGGCUUUGAUGUCACUUCCGAUAUUAGGCUUCUCUACUGCAAAGGGACACCUGGGUCCAGGCUUGUGAUUCUUGAUGAAGAUCAGGCUAAAGAUCUUGUUUUGUCUGAUGGUGUUGUUGUGCCAAAUGUGCCUGUCGAUAUCGACUGCGUACCUGGCAAGAGGACCAUUGAGAGAAAUCCUGUCUGCAGCUUCCAUGAGAUGGCAGAAUACUUCAACAAGAAAUCAGGAAUAUCAGGACGCACUCCCCUUGGAAGCUUUAAUGCCAUGUUUAAUUUCACUGGUUCUUGGCAAGUUGAUGCAGCAGCAACCAAAUCCCUUGCUAUGGUUGGAUACUUCAUUCCACUAUACAAAGUUAAAUUAGAAAAAGUGAAUUUAGUUUUGCAUGAGGAAAUCAAGCGUGCUGUACCUUACUCAUGGGAUCCUGCAGCCUUGGCAAGUUUUAUUGAGAGUUUUGGUACCCAUAUCGUCACAUCUGCAACUAUUGGGGGAAGAGAUGUGGUCUAUAUCAGGCAGCACCAGUCAUCUCCUUUGUCAACAUCGGACAUUGAGAAUUAUGUGAAAGACAUUGGUGAUCAUAGGUUUGUGGACUCAAAAAGCCAGUCAACUCCUGGCCCAUUAAAAUACAAGGACAAGGAUGUUACAGUCAUCUUUAGGAGAAGAGGGGGUGAUGAUCUUGAGCAGAGUCAUGUCAAGUGGGCAGAGACUGUACAACUAGCACCAGAUGUGAUUAACAUGACAUUUACACCCAUUGUUUCUUUGCUUGAAGGAGUGCCUGGAAUAAAGCAUUUGAGUCGUGCGAUUGAGUUAUAUCUAGAAUAUAAGCCACCAAUUGAAGAUCUGCAGUAUUUCUUGGAUUUUCAAAUUGCUCAAGUUUGGGCCCCGGAGCAGAAUAAUCUGCAACGAAAAGAACCUGUGUGUUCAUCCCUUCAGUUCAGCUUGAUGGGUCCCAAGCUUUAUAUCAGUCCAGAUCAGGUAACAGUAGGACGUAAGCCUGUCACUGGGCUUAGACUGAACCUAGAAGGCAGCAAACAGAACCGACUUGCUAUACAUUUGCAACAUCUCGUGUCCCUUCCAAAAAUCCUUCAACCCCAUUGGGAUGCGCACAUGGCAAUAGGUGCACCCAGGUGGCAAGGUCCUGAGGAGCAAGACAGCCGUUGGUUUGAGCCAAUCAAGUGGAAGAACUUCUCCCAUGUAAGCACUGCACCAAUAGAGCACGUGGAGACUUCUAUUGGUGACCUCUCUGGUGUUCACAUUGUCACAGGGGGUCAGCUUGGUGUUUGGGAUUUUGGUGCCAAAAAUGUAUUGCACCUCAAGCUCCUCUUCUCCAAAGUACCAGGCUGCACAAUUAGGCGGUCUGUUUGGGAUCACAGCCCCUCCGCCCCCCCUUCUGCACAAAGAUCUGAUGGUUCUUCGUCGUCACACUCACAUUUAAACAACAGAACAUCCGAUGAUAAAAAGGAAGAUAGUUCAAGCCAUAUGGCAAAACUAGCAAAACUAGUGGACUUGACAGAAAUGUCAAAAGGGCCGCAAGAUAUUCCAGGUCAUUGGUUAGUCACAGGGGCUAAGCUUGGAGUUGACAAGGGAAAGAUUGUAUUGCGCGUAAAAUACUCCUUGCUGAACUACUGAUCAUUGCCCUUUUGUUUCGGUAAUUGUAGGCUUUCCACCAAAAUUUGAUAGUCAGCAUUCUUUGCACAGGCAACCCCUGUUCUGUACAUUUUGUUCUUUUUGUUUCGUAGUCAUCUUCAAUUGAUAGUCACAUCAUUACUUAUCUGAGGGUUUUUCUUCUAGAAUUGAUUGAGGAUUUUCCUUUUUUCUUUGUUCGUUUUGGAGGACAUUGUAAGUUGUUGAAUAAUCAUAUACUUGUUUACUUAAUAUAUGAAGUAAUUUAUUUUCCAGUGA